GACAAAACUAGGCAACGAAAUCCGCGGCUCCAUGAAAAGGCCAUGAAAAAGUUGAUAACAUUAAAAAGGUUAUAUUAGUUUCGUGUUAGGCGAAAAUACCUUCAUUUUGUUUGGGGGAAGAUCCCUAAUCCAAUCUCUGCGAGAAUUAAUUCUAUCAUCGGAAUCUCCAAUGGAUGAAUCGAAACCUGAUCGAUCGUCAGCAGGAAAUAAGGGCAGUCCCAGUCACCGUAGAGAGACUCAUGGGAGGGGCGAGGAUAUCGAUCCAGACACCCCUAUUGGUGACGUUAAAGGUCCUAACAUAUUUCACCGCGCUAAGGAAGAGAUUGAGGCCAUUGUUGACACGAUUCAUUCUAAAAGAGAAUCUGCAUCACCAAAGAAACAAACUUCACUUGCAGCAGAAAAUAGGGGCAGUCCCCGUUACCGUAAAGAGACACAUGGGAGGGGGGAGGAUAUUGACCCCGACACCCCGAUCAGCGAGUUUAAAGGUCCCAACAUCUUUCAUCGCGCUAAAGAAGAGAUUGAGGCCAUUCGCGACACAAUACAUUCAAAAAGAGAAUCUGCAUCACCAAAGAAACAAAGCUCACUUUCAGACCGUAAGGGCAGUCCAAGUCACCGAAGAGAGACUCAUGGGAGGGGGGAUGAUUUUGAUGUAGACACCCCAAUCAGUGAAUUCAAAGGUCCGAACAUCUUUCAUCGUGCUAAGGAGGAGAUUGAGGCCAUUGUUCACUCAAAAAGAGAAUCUGAUAGUGACCCUGCAUCACCAAAGAAGGAUGGAUUCCGAGCUUCCAUUAGUAAAAAGAUUAACAAAAGUCGUAAUCGCGAACAAGCCAAAGAUUAGAAAAUCAAUACUGAAACCGGUCCGUUGAUAAAAGUGUUGGGCUGUGCUUCGUUCCUGAAUAUCAAUUUGUUAUCUGAUAAUUUCUCACACAGUGUUAAGCUCUUAGAGCUGUGACCAGCUUCAAGUGGACAUGCAGAUUAAUCAUUUAUGAGGAGAAAACAUGGUAUCUCUAGUUCAGUUGUAGUUAAUAUUUCUUGAACUAUGUUAUUUUCGUUACGGGUGCUUAAACAUCUUGAUUCUUUGACAUAAAGUGUACCAAGUGUAGUUGCUUUAACUCUGUUCUUAGCAUGCAUUCUUGGACUGAACAUGGAUGUUUCAUUUUCUUUUACUAA